AUGCAACUGGUGUAUUUCGCAGCCACAGGCCUCGUGAGGCUUUCAAUUGUCGCAUUCCUCCCUCGGUUGAACAAUAAUAAAAAGUUCCUCUACCUGGUUUGGGGAUUGGGCUUCAUUGUUGCCAGCACAUCCAUCGUGUGCUUUAUGGUAGAGCUUUUCGAGUGCAAGCAUGUCCCAGACCUCUGGGACGGCGCAGCCCCAAAUCGACAAUGCAUGCCAAAGUCCAAAGAAGCCUACAUGUUCUGGACCCACGCCGCCAUUGGCGUUGCAGUUGAUGUUGCGCUGCUGGUAGUUCCUAUUGUCCUCGUGUACAAGAAGAUGAUGUUCUCGCAAAGAUCAAUUAGAGUUAUGAUUGUGCUAAGCGUUGGCAUCUUUGUCGCCGUAACGGGAAUAAUACGUCUCAUUAUUAUUGUUAACGUGGACUUCUCCGUAAACACAACUUACCAGCUGCCUACCGUCGCUGUCUGGACAGAUCUAGAGGGCCAUGUUGGACUCUGGGUGUCGUGUUUUCCCGCUCUACAACCACUGCUGCGUAUUAUGGCGGUAAAGCUGGGGCUCCGCUCCAAACUCGACUCCUCGAAACCACAAUACGGAGGGACCGGCGGGGCCUCUAGUGGUCCGAAUCGUGACAGACGUGGAUAUGUGCAAGGUGGCAGUCGUUCUCAUAUACGCAUCAAGGAUACAUGGGAUACAGACAGUGUGCAACCGGUUGUGGUCUCUGAUGUUGAGGCUGUGCCAAUGCAUUUAUUAUUUCCACGCUCACAACCUGACCGAUUAGUUGACGGCUCGAAUGGGAUUACUAAAACGACACAAUAA